AUGACUGACGAUACCGGGACGAUGGCCUACCCCAAGGCCCAGUGCAAGGCAAUCGCCACGGCAUCUAGACUAUGCUCGGGGCCCGACACAACCAGCGGUGCCACGACAGACUCCAAGGCAGAGUACGCAACCCUGCGCCGGAAGGCCAGGAAAGGGCCACAGCGAGCCGCACUAGCCACGGCACGGCGCCAUGCUUUUGGUCGCAGCUGGUGCACGGCAGUCCGCAAGGCAGAUCCGAGCCUGCACGCCUGA